CUUCCCUGCAGCACGCCCUGAAUCACUGGGAGCCAGCUCUGUCUGGAGAUUGUAGGCGUGGCGCCCUGGUUGUCAUGGUAACAGUGCGGACCACCCGUAGUCCCCUAACCGUCUCACUGGCGCGAGUCCCCGGAUGGAGCAAAGGAGAGGAAAUGGUGAGGGCAGAGUAUGGAAGGGGGGAGGGGACAUAGUGGGGUGAGAGCUGGGUAUAAAAUAUGGGGGGCAGAGUAUGGGGGCCUCUGUACUGGGUGAGAGCAGGGUAUGUGGACUACAUCUCCCAUGAUGCUUUGUCACAGUUAUGGGAGCUGUAGUCCGCAACAACUGGAGUGCCGCAGUUUGCCCUCUCCUAGUGUAGUUGAAGAGUGAAGAUGAUGAUGAUUUAUAAUAUGCCGGGGGGGAGGAGGGGGGGGGUGAGUUUGUUAGUUUCGGUAAUGAGUGGGGAUGAGGAUGGGUAGAGUAUUUCCCCUGGUGCACAGUGAUCUCCCUGUGGCUGUGGCUGGGGGUGAUGGGCACAGUGACAUUGCUUCACACAGUGAUCUCCCUGUGGCUGGGGGUGAUGGGCAGUGUGGGAAUGUGCCGCUGUUUGUGGGUAGCCUGCAGCUAUGGGUUUAUGGUUUUACUGCCCAUUAGACAUUGCCUGUUUGUAUUUCGGUCAUUGAUUAAUGCAGGGGAUGUGGAUCCUGUGUGAUAUAUUGAGGUACAGCUUGCUGAGACCAGGGAACCAGCCUCAAUAUAUAAGAUACGUGUAAACAUUUAAGCUAAUAUGGAUGUACAUUCUGACCUGAGAAAAAAAAUGUUGUUAAUCUUUACACUUGAAAACUUUAAUAAAAAUAUAUGUAAAGAAAAAACAAUAUAUAACAUACAGGAGGGAGUUGGUGCCUGAUGUAAUUAGCUGAGAUUUCUACAAGAACCAACUCGUGCCAACUUGUACUGCAUGCUCACACAGCUAGAAUAUUACAUUGUAUUAAUAUAUUCAGCUAGACAAAACUUUCAGUGUUUGUAAUAGUUCUCAAAGACCACAUGAAAGAUUAACUAAAAAAGGCACCCGUAAAUGAAUAAUAUUCUGCUGGCAGGGUUGUACAAGAAACUGAGAGCUUCCUGGAAUUGGUCAUGGAAUUUCACUUUCCAGAUCUAAAUAACUAAACUGGAACCAUAACUAUUUUUACAUUUCAGCAGUUACAGUCUUAUUAUUAUUAUUAUUAUUAUUUCCAUUUAUAUAGCGCCAACAGAUUCUGUAGCGCUUUACAAUAUUAUAACUAUAAAUAGGACAAUUACAAGAAAACUUACAGUAACGUUAGGUUGAAAAGGACCCUGCUCAAGUGAGCUUACAGUCCAUAGGAGGUGGGGUGUAAAACACAAUAGGACAGGAAAUAGCAAUCAAAUCAGGUGGGAGUGAAGCAGAGCUGGAAGAGAUAGUACAGUGCUGCCCUUUAGGAGAGAUCAAGAGACAGGUAUGUGAGGUAGAGGUUACUCUGGGAGGCCAUAAGCUUUCCUAAAGAGAUGGGUUUUAAGGCACUUCUUAAACGAUUGAAGACUAAGGGAGAGUCUGAUGGCGGUAGGCAGUCGAUUCCAUAAGAAGGGAGCUGCCCGCAAGAAGUCCUGCAAGCAUGAGUUGGCCGUAUGGGUGCGAGUAGCGGACAGGAGAAGGUCACAGGCAGAGCAGAGAGACCAAGAAGGGGCAUAUCUAUGGAUCUGUGAAGAGAUAUAAGAGGGACUAGAAUUGUUCAGUACGUUAUAUGUAUGGGUUAGCACUUUGAAUUGACUACUAUAGGAUACAGGAAGCCAAUGUAAGGACUGACUGAGGGGUGAGAGGACCGACUAGAGAGGAAAAUCAGUCUGGCAGUAGCAAUCAUUACAGACUGUAGCGGGGCAAUACGGUUUUUGGGAAGACCAAUAAGGAGAGGGUUAUAAUAAUCCAUGUGGGAAAUUACUUGAGCAUGGACAAGCUCCUUGGUAGCAUCUUGUGUAAGAAAAGGAAGGACGCGGGCUAUGUUUUUAAGAUAAAUCUACAGGACUUGGUAACAUGCUGGAUGUAAGGCUCAAAGGUGAGGACAGAAUCAAGUAUGACACCAAGACAGCGCACUUGCAAAGAUGGACUGAUGUAGAUACCACUAACUUGAAGGGAAAACGAAAGAGGAGGAUCAGUAUUAGGAGGACUUAAGACAAGGAGCUCAGUUUUAGAGGGAUUGAGUUUCAGAAAGCGUGAGGACAUCCAGUCAGAGAUGGAAGAAAGGCAAGCAGUGACACGUUGCAGGACGGCAGGGGAGAGGUCCGGGGAGGAGAGAUAUAUCUGGGUGUCAUGAGUAUACAGGUGGUAGUGGAAUCGAAAUGAGGUAAUAAGUUUGCCAAGAGAGGCAGUAUAAGAAGAAAAUAGAAAGGGACCAAGGACAGAGCCUUAGGGGACUCCAACCGAGACAAGACGAGGGGAGGAGGUAUCAUUAGAAAAGGAGACACUGAAUGAGCGUCUUAUAUUUUAAUAAGGAACAGUCUAUAUGAUAUGACCAUUCUGCACACUUUAUACCUUAGUAUUUUGCAUUUAUAUUCAAAAUGAUCUGUUCAUUUCUGAAAAUAUAACAGUAUCAGUGGAAUAUUUCAAAUUAUUACUGGUAAUUAAAGGACAACUAUAGUGCCAGUAAAACAUACUAAUUUUCCUGGCACUAUAGUGCCCUGAGGGUGCCCCCACCCUCAGGGUCCCCCUCCCGCCUGGCUCUAGGGGGAGGAAGGGAACUUACCUCUUUCUCCAGCGCCUGGCGGGGGACUCUCCUCCUCCUCCAUAGCGACGUCAUCGGCUGCAUGCGCGGCAGGAGCCGCGCGCGCAUUCAGCCAGUCCAUAGGAAAGCAUUCUCAAUGCUUUCCUAUGGACGCUGACGUCUUCUCACUGUGAAAAUCACAGUGAGAAGCUCGGAAGCGCCUCUAGCGGCUGUCAAUGAGACAGCCACUAGAGGCUGGAUUAACUCUAUUAUAAACAUAGCAGUUUCCCUGAAACUGCUAUGUUUAUAGAAAAAAAGGGUUAAACCUAGCUGGACCUGGCAUCCAGACCACUUCAUUAAGCUGAAGUGGUCUGGGUGCCUUUAGUGGUCCUUUUAAUGAUAAAAUUAAAGUAAUACAUGGCUCCUUAUAAAAUUCACCUAUUGAAAUGAAUGUCUUUCCAUUCACAUGUUUUCAACAUAUUUUAUAAUUGUGUUUUGUUUUUAAGAAACCUGUUUUUAAUUAUAACUUUUUGCUUUGCAGCCAUUUUAUGAUAAUAUCUAUUACCCAUUUGAGGUAGACCAAGCACAACUAUUUCCCUCCUUGCAAAAUAAUCCCUGUGUGUCACACCCUCUCUCUACACCUUUCCGGAUGCCCUUUGCAAACAAGGAGCCAGUUUUCAAGUUCAGAUCGCGCCAUGAAAGUGUGGACUGGAGACGGAUUGGGGCCAUUGAUGUGGACAAAGUGGCAAAUGAGCUGGAUUUUAUUACACUUCAGGAUAUUAUCAUGAAUGUUACUUUUUGUAAUGUGGAUAAGGAAAAGUGUCCAAACUGUCAACAGAACUUGGAUCCCCUAUUUCUUAAACUACUCCGAUUGGCUCAACUCCUGAUAGAGUACCUGCUUCAUUCACAAGAGUAUCUGACCACAAAUGUACAGACCUUGGAGCAGAAAGUUCAGGUGACGCUGAGUGAGACGACAGAGAUGAAACUCAAGAUGGUAAAGCAGGCCCAGGAAAUUAAGACUCUCAAAGAUGAGUGCAAACAUAGGAAGAAGAUCAUUGCCACACAACAGAUGUUAAUCAAUUCAGGGGCAAAUUCCUAUAACAAGGUAAUAUCAACUAUGUCAACAAACUAAACUUGUUCCUUUUGUUAAACAGAGUAUUGUAAUUUAUUUUAUGUGUUUGUUACCCCUUAAUCUUGUCAUAGUACUCCAUUUACACAUAUUAACGUUUUGAGUAUACAUCCACUAGGCAUAUGAAAUUUCAAUGUUUCACGUUUGGUAUUAAAUUAAAACCUUAAAUUCUUGUCUUUGUCUUAUGGUAAAAUCCAACCUUGACAAAAUGACAGAACUACCCCUCUGUAACAUUUUGUCACUUCCCACAGCCAUUGCUAGCUCAUCUUGGGAUGAUAAUAAUAAUAUGGAUUGCAAGAUUCUCCAUAGACAUCAAUGUUUUACUCUUGAGUAUGUGUGAGAGUACAGCAUUGAUCCUGGUGGAUAAAGGACCAGGAUCUUUAGGCUGAAGAAGAAGACACAUGCGGGGACAGCAUUAGCUAUGUACAACAUUCCUCUUCUGCACUCCAGGCCACCGCAUGCUAAGCGCCAAGAUCACAAUCAAGGUCUUUGCAUGCAGAGUUUACAAAAACCCUGGAAAGUCACAGAGACGCUUUAACAGGCCCUAUUGUGUUUAACUACAAUGCCAAGUGUGUGUUGACCAUAAGACAUAGCGGAAAAAUAUAAAAAAAUGACACUCUCAUGAAACAGUCUUGUAUCUUAAAGAAAACCUUAACCUUCCUUUUAUUCUUCUUUAGUGCCAUUCCUGUGAUAAAGCUUUUUUAAACUACUCCUAUUUACAAAGCCACAUACAGAGGAGACAUGCUGAUGAAACAAGCAAUGGUAAGACGUGCAGUCUAUUUUAAAAUUAUAUUUAUAUAUUAUUAAAAUUAUUAUUAUUUUAGAGAAGAUUAAAAAUGUGUUAAUAAACAUUUUGAAUAAGUUUCAUUCUUACAUACUGGAACAUAAUUGCAAUACAUAAUAUUUUCCUCUAGAGGGAGUACUAGCAUACAUAUUUUAUAGUUUAUUUUUUAUCAAGGCAAAGUCUAUUUGUUUCAAAAGAGGUUAGCAUGAUGGAAGUAUGUCCCCAAUCAGUUAGUUGACAAUCCCAAAUAUAAAUUCUGAAAUAUUUACAGUAUGUAUAACAGGAUCUCUGUAUAGUGGAUGCUGAUGUUUAACUUUAUGAUCAUAUUAAUUUCUUAAAUCAGAAAGUGGACUGUAACAUCUAUUGAUUAUUUCUAAUGCGUUAUUAAUUUUCAGCAUCAAUGCAGUAAUUCAGGACUUUAUUUGGUAAAUUUACUGCUAUGCUUUCAUUCUUUUUAUGCCAUAAAACCAUAAAAUUAUGAAAUCUAAUGUUUAUACAAAAGGUUGACUAUGAAAAUAUUGCUUGUUUUUAUUUUGCUUAAAUUGCAGCUCACUAGCUAUGCAAUAGACUAAAAAAUGUGAAUUUCUCAUAGAAUCAUUAUUUGUCGUAAUCUGACAGGGAGUACUGUAUACUUCUAGGUAUUAAUGUAUAUUUCUUGUUCAUCAAUACAGGCCAUUUUAUUCAUCCAGGUAUAUUUAGAUAUAAUCCCACUAAAAAUCUUUUGUCCUUUUUAAAAAGAAAAAUCCAAGGUUCACUUGAGAGAUAAGCUUCAGUGUGAAAUAACCCAGCUGAAAGAGGAGUUGCAGUUAGCAAAGUGUCAGCUGCAGGCAGAAAAGGCUGUCAGCCUGGAAAAGCUGGCAAAGGUAAGUAAUACAAGGAACCCUGUCAUGCCUGGCUGAAUAUAUAUGUAUGUCUACUCUUACUGUGUCCCCUACCUCUUAACACAUAAUCCUGAUAAGUGAUUUAAUAAUAUAAUCUUUGUUUAAAUAAGCAAGUGAUAUUUUUAAUGUUUAGCAGCUCUUUGUAAUAUAGUGUAUUUAAAAUGGCUGAAUUAUGUACGUGAAGUGAUCAUUUAUCUGGGUCCCAGACUGGAAGAUUCAAAUUUGGGUUGAGGAGUUGAAGGUACUGUAGAAAUAACUGUUAUUGUAUACCAAAACUGUUUGUUAGUUGGUAUUGUACAGUUAAUGAUGCUGCUAAUACCUUAAUAAUGCCUAAUAAAUAAUGCUGAAACAAAAAUUUCUUGGUAGUAAAUAUGUUAAAUUGAGAAACGACAUUUUUUGAGUAUUAUUUAGAAGAAUAGUGACUGGAACUCUAACAAAGGAAUCGCAAAUUCUACGUCAAAAUAGCUGAACUGGAAAAUAAUAAUUCUCGAUUGUAGCUAUUUCUUUUAACCUAACAUUUGCUAUUCCCCAUCUAGAUCUGUUUUCCUAGCAUGUUUAUUAGUCUGUCAUUAUAAUUCUAAAAAUUGUGAAUGUUCUCUCUGAAUGCAUUACCACAAGUAAGCUACGUAGUAUGACGUUUUUGUCAUCUGCCGUUGUGGCAUGACAUGACUGUUUUUAAACCUCUGCAGAGCAAAAAUAAAAAAUAUAAAAACAUUUGCUAUUCCCUUGUAAUUGCUCAACAAUUGCCAGUUAAUGAAAAGUCUCACAAGCUGUAAAGUUCCACAGCAUAAAUCUAGUUCUCGUUCCAUUCAUCCUCUUUAAAUAGGUCACGGAAAAUGAACAGAGAGAAGCAAUUGAAGAGGAAAUUCGCAAAAGGUUUGACAGUUGGAAAAGUGAAGAAAAAGAGAAAUUUGCAGAUAAAAUGGAAAAAGUAAAGGAUAUGUUCAUGAGUGAGCUAAAAGAACUGAAUGUAAAGAACAGCUGUUUAGAAAAAGUAAGUGUUUCACUCCUGGCUGUGGUCUGUGACCAAAACGCAGUUAUCACAUAUAACCUUAUUUAUUGCAACUUGUAUUACAAAAUCAGUGAGCUAGUGUGUUAUAACAGCAUGAAUGGCAAGUAAGAAAACCAGUAUGGCCUCAAGCAUACAGCCUACAACAGGGGUAGGCAACCUUUUGGAAGUUUUGUGCCAAUGUAAAACUUUGAUGUCCUUAAGUGUGCCAGCCCUAUUUUUUCAUGUAACCUUUAUGUGUGUUGAACAGCGAUGUUUUGCCGUCGAGUGUCUGGAACUCAAAUCGGACACUCUACUAGGCGAACACCGCUGAGACCUCCACAAGCCCGGUCCGUUCGGUAGACAGAAACAACCAAACAAGGGGAUUCAGGCGAACCCUCCCUAGUCUCUGUAACUGGAGGCUUUCGUGUAAUUUAUUCCCUUGUUCCAGGACCGACCGCAGGGCCCCAUCGCAUGGAACUCAAUUCGGCUAGUCUUUCCAGCGCGGUCGGUCAUUUUAUUCCAUCCAUAAAUUUCCCGAACCCCUGGUCUGAUCUGGGUGAUUUUUGGAUAUGUUGUUUACCCAGAUCAGGGCUACCAGGGGAUGUAUAAUUUAAAGCGUUACCCCUAGGUUUAGGGGUUACAUCCAGAAACGGGGGGAAUUGGUGUCCUGGAUAAGGGGAUUAUGAUGCAGCCUGAGGGGAGGAGAUGUGUGGGAGGUUACCAGAACAAGAUUGGCUACUGUACUAAUGAAUGAAAAUCCCUCCCUUGCAUGGGAGCAUGGUUUAUAAGGCCACUGUUUGAAUAAAUCUUUCGUUCUGCUCCUGAUACUGUGUGUCGUCCAGUUAUUGGGAGUGCUGUUGGGAUACUGCUGUGUUAUUUUGCCUGCUGGAUACUUUGCCCUAUGGAUUUAUAAUUGCUUGUUCCUGAGCCUCACUGGGAUCCAAAGUGGAGAUAGGCUGUGUAAUACCAGCUCUCCUCUACAAAGGGAAAGGUUUAUUAUGCAGGUUGGUGCAUAUAUAGCAGUGAGAAAUUUACCUGGCCAUUCCUGGAGUCCAGGUACAGGUCAAGGGAAGGAGCUGCAAUUGCUGCUGCGGGCUGCUCUCCUCCAGUGUGGUUUCCCAUUUACAAGUGUUGGGAGGAAGUGAUCUGAGAUGAAUAAAUUGUCCCUCACCAGCUUUUUGCACUAGCAGAUAUCUGUUCCACUGGGACUCCUGAAAGGGCAGAGCCUGUUUAGCUCUAGCAGCAUUGAGUGCCGUUUAAAGGCACCUUGAGUGCCAUGCAUUGCCUACCCCUGGCAUACAACAUUGUAGAGCGGACCACCUAGUGGUGGUCAUAGGCAUCAUGUCACAACAGCACCACAGAUGAAGAACCUAUCAUAAGAACAUCCAGUAUAUUACAGUUGUAGUGGAGUUAAGUUCAAUAUAUAUCUUUUGUUUGUGCUCUAUUUUCAAAUUAAAUAAACAAAAAGUUUGACUGGUCCCCUCCAGUUCACUGACAAACUAAGCCAUCUUAAACUCUUGUUGAAAAUAUGUUUCAUCCCAACUGUGCAACAGUGGGAAUUAUCUGUGUUACCACGCGAAGAAAGACUUCCUGCAGAUGUAUGUCUCAAUAGGUAAUUCUCAACAAACAUCACAAAGAGUCAUUUUCCUACUUUAUUAUUCCAGCUCUCAGAUCACACUGGCAAAGAGACCCUUCUAAAUGUGCAAUAUCACAGCAUCCAAAUUAAAUUGUGGUAUCACUUUCUUGGUAGGCUUCAAAAUUGUCAGUACUUUAGGAACAUUCUUUUUUUCUCUAUCAUUAUCUGACCUGAUUUUGUUUGCUUAUAUGAACUAAAACAUAUAGGAGUGGUUACUGUGGCAACGUCAUUCCUAAAUUCUUUUUAUUAGAGUGCUGUGUUUGUGAAACUUAUCCUAAGGGUUAUAAAGUGAAAAUUAUUGGAUAUUCCAAGUGAAUGUAAAAUUUAAGACCAAAAUGGCUGAACUGGUAGUAUAGCUGACUUGGAGAAUUUUUCAAAUUCUGAAUGUUUUGCCUCACAUUUGAAGUUCACUUCGAAUACCCGACAAUUCUUACUUUUGUAAGCCGGUAUGGUUAUCCCAGUCUGUGCAGGUGUCUCAAUAAAAAUGACUGAACCACUUCUGAAGCCAGAAUAUAACUAACCCCUUAACAUCAAGCACAUUUUGUUUGAAAAAAACAUUGGCAUAACAUUUCUUUGAAACAAUGGAUGCAUAAUUUGCAUUUAAACAUAUAAUAAAACUGUAUUUUGUAUGCAGAUUGAUUUUUUACACAAACCUAAAAAUUAAGAUUAUGUAAAUGUUCAUAAUUUUAUUUUUAAUUUUAACGUUCAUCCUUUUAUAGAGACUUCUAUUCAAUAAAAAACUUUAGAUAUAAUGUAAUGCAAUAUUUCACACAGGUUCUGAAAUUGUGAUAUAAAGGCACUUUUGAGAAUUGCUAUUGCACUUUUUAGCAAUGUCUAGAAUGCUAAUGUAAUGCAAACAGUGAAAUGGAACAGUUCAUUUAGCCCCCCGCCCCCAUGCCAACCAUUAGGAAGAGUAGGACCCAUUGGAACUUCCUUUAUUGUUAGGAAGGAGGGGUGAGCUGGCCUUUUUGGCACACUUCCAGACAUUAAAUGAAUGUUCAGUGGUUCCUGUCAGAGAAGUUUUUUUUCCCUAUACAGACUGGUAAUCAUUCCUGAAGCAAAUGUGAGGGUGAAUGAGACGUCAUGGACUAAAUUUAAUUUUGCAAAGUACAUGAAAGUAAAAGUGUUUACACAUUAUUCUGUAAGUGAAGGGUUAAGCACUGGCAAGUUUUGUUUUCUUAUGAAAAAUGUAGUGCACAAUGUGCUAGAUAUUACAUGGCUCAACUAAUUGUAAAGUGACUUGGGUUCUCUUCAGUAGUUGACAAGAAGAAUAAGAAAUUGCUUUUUUCCUCAGCUUUUUUGGGGGUAUUUGCAAAUUGUUUAUCCUCCUGCAACACUUCAGUAUAACAGAGUAAAUCACUCUGUUAUUUUUAGAAAAAGACCAGCAUUCCCAAUUUCUUCUCUUUUAAUUAGCUGAGAGCCUCACUAGGCCACUGUUGUUCAGAGGGUAAAUUACCGAGAACAAAGUACUCUGAUCAACUAGUUUUAUAAAUGUCAGUCCUUUCUAUUCAGCAUUUUGAGGAUGGAAACCCGUUUUAGCAUCAAAAAGAGAGUGAAAGAGUUAAAAGUAGAACCCAUGAAAACAGCACAAUGGGUCUUCAAUGUGAAUAUGAAGUGCUUUUUGUGACCAGUGUUUUAGUUUAAUUGCAGAACUUUCAUCAGGAUAAGAUAGCUAUGGACAGAUGACCAUGCAAAUACAGAACAAUUCUAACACUCUAUUUUGUCAGUUUUAUCAAUCUGUAAACAUAUAUAUUGCCAGUUCAUUUAUAUAUGUGUUUUUAUGUGUUCCCUGUUUAGGAGUUACAUGAACUUAAAGAAAGCAGGUUCAUAAACUCAGGGUUAGGUGUUCUACAAGGAAGCCUUCGUAAUAAUGAAGAGAUGUCCAACUGCUCACAUGAUAUUGAAACCGUGAAAGAAAUUUUACAGACACAGGUUAAUGUUUGCAAUGCUGUUUCAUUAUAUAUGUAUGUGUUAUAUAUAAUUGUUAUAUAUAUAUUAAUUGUUAUAUUGUUUUUUUAGACUUUAAUCUCUCUUUUCUUUACCUGUUUUUUUUUUCUUUAUGAAGGAAGAUAAAUGGGGAAACAAGAUCCGUCUAAUCCGGCAAGAACACAAUAAAGAAAAGAACCAGGUGCAGUGAUUUCUUUUGAAAAUGAAAACCAGGAUCCUGUUCUGGCUCUUUAAUUUUUGUACUGCAAUAAUGAUGAGGUUCUGGCUACUAAAACUAACUUUGAAAAACAAAACCCUCCCACAAAUAUCUUCCAGGAGCUGGCUGGGUUCUUUCUUCAAUUUUUGAUUUCUCUUUGAAACAAAUGGGAGUUUGCUUGCUCAUAAGUUGUCAUGCGCACAUGCCCAGUAAUUCCAUUUACAACACAGCGCUUUGUUGCUUCCUGUUCACUCAGAAACAUUAAUGACAACACAAAAUGCACAUAUCCCCAUUUAGUUUUUCGAGAGGAUUGAUGCAGUAAGGGCUGUCUAUUUUUUUUUUUUUUAUGAGAGACCUGCUGUGUAUUCAUUAAAAAAGUGUAUUAACUUACUGGAGUUAACAAGGGUGGAGCUAUGAUGAAUGGAUGUGACUUCUUGUAAACAAUGAGUUGCAUACUCUGUUGCAGUGGUUCCUAAGCCAGUCCUCAUGGUCCACAAACAGUCCAGGAUUCAUAUAUUUCCCAGUUUUAUUCCAAAGGAGAUACUGACAAAACCUGGAUUGUUGAUGGGUCUUGACGACAAGAAUUUGCCAACAGUAUAAUGAAUAUAACUUUUCUUUUGUAGUGUGUUGAAAGGAUUGGGGUUGUGGUGCACCAGAGGUGUGUACAAUGUUGCCAAUUUCUAUAUUUUUAAUAAAAUCCCUCCAAACCUCACCACCUAAAUAAACUAUACCAUUAUUUGGUUUAUACUUUCAGACAUCCAAGUACUUGUAUGAAGUGAACACGCCAUGCUAUUCAGCCCUUUAGAUCUGUAGGUGCCUUGCUGCACCUUUUCAAUAUCCAACUCACAGGGCUUUGCACGCGCUCGCGAGUAAGUUGAACUAAUGACAGACUUGUCCUUCAGAGACCAGAUGAACACAGCCAGAAAAGGGAAGAAGAGCUUUGAACACUCAGGCACACGCUCAGAUCCUACAAGUUUUAAAGCUGAUUUGCAUGUUUGUGCAAGUAGCACAGCUGAACAAGUAUUCAUACAGUGAAAUUAUGUGACUUUAAAUGUAAUAGUAAGGCAAAUUGUGUAUUUUGGGGGAUAGAGAUACUUAGAAAAAAUGUUGAAUGGCAGGGAACAUUUCAGACUUCAGUAGUACUUAUGGUACUUGGAGUGUUCUUUUAAAUUAAAAUAUUUGUCCAGCAUAAAACAUGCACCAUCUAUGUUUGUCCAAUUUCUUAUAAAAUUAAGCAGAUAUCUCAUUUCAUUAAUGGUAGAAUGAUUUAAUUGUGUAUUUAGUAUGUAAGUAUAGCAUAUCAAAAUUACCUGAUGUUUGUAUGUUUCAGCUAUUGUCCCAAAUGGAAAAACUAAGAUUGUCAAUGAGUGAAGAGCAGAAGGCACGCAGUGAUUUUUAUCAGAAACGGUUAGAUGAACUCGAACGAAGGCUUCAAGAGCAAAAUGAAUUCAUGAGGACAUGGAAGGAACAGGUGUGUUCAUAAAGCAUUUUGUAUCCUAUGUGUAUAAAGCAUGGGGUACACUGAUCUAUCUUGUCAUUAUAGUUCCAGGUACUGCACCAAUGAUAGGGAUUAUUUUAACUCAUUGUGUUAGUGGAACAUGGCUAGACUGUAUUAAUCUAAACGGCAGACUGCACCUUUAUUACUGUGGAAUGCACCCCGUCAAAUGUAGUUGAUUUGUAUCCUGUUUACUAGUUGUAUAGUACAUUCUACAAGAAUGUUAAAUGAAAUCUGUCCUUAACUACCACAAUAUUGGUUUGCUCCAGAAACCAAAAAUGAAAGUGCGAUAAAUCCUAGAUUCUCAUUCAGAUCUGUUUGUAGCAUCAAGCAUUCCAGUUUCAAGUCUUUCCUGUUGGUGUGUUACAACAAAUAUUUUCAGACUGUGUGAACACAAUACACAGACAUAUUCCUUGUAUUUAAUUGUUUGACCUUAUUCUCCAUUAGAUAAAUGAAGUAUCUGUCAAACCAAUCACCUCUGUUGGGAGACAUCCAGGUAAGGCAUGGGGCUUUACUAAAGUCUCUUCAUUUAAAUCAAUAAAUUUUAAUAGGCAGUAGAACAUUUUUACUAACAGAGAGGUACUGAUUUAUGAAUCCAUCUCCAUUUAAGUGAAAGUGUAGGAAUAUAAUGGCUCUUAAAGUGGCUCUGUCACCCACCUCCAAAAUGAGUAUAUCUAAAGAUAGAUUCUUUAUGAAAUACAGUGACUGUGUUGGCAUUUCAUUGAAAUUCCAACCCAUUUACAAGAUAUACUAAGACAAAGACUUUGUCUCAACAUUUUUCCUCUGCAAUGACAAGCUUGAUAAAUAGGUGGAGCUACCUUUUGUCAACCUUUUUAUUUGUCAAGAGAAAAACAAGUAGAAAAAGAGGUGAGAACGGACAACAGCUCAAUUAGCCUGUCCUUCAGUGGGUCCCCGCUCAGAUCUCAAGCUGGUUUUAGCUCCUCUUUUGCCAUUACAGAGAGAACAUAUCUGAAGCAUAUCAGACUGGUCCCACCCGUACAGGCAGUCCAGAUCAGAAAUGCCAGCAAUUUCCCACGUGGACCCCUUGCUCACCGUGCCUAGAGAGAUAUUGGCUAUAUCUCACUGACGAUGCCUAACAAGGCUGAAACGAUCGUCUGGGGUUGCUGAAUCUCUUGUGCAGAGACAGACGGCCUGUAUUUCGGAGCUGUUCUGCCUUUUUGGGUGGAAUCCGUCUGAGAUGCAAAUGGCCUUAUUCUCUCUGUAAUGACGCAAGAUGAGCUAAAACCAGUUUGAGAACUAAGCGGGGACCCACCAAAGGGCAGGCUAAUUGAGCUGUUGUCCGUUCUCAGCACUUUCUUGUGACUUGUUUUCUGCUCUCUUUUAAUUGGUCAGGCUCUGACUAUGGAUGGACUCCUGAUCCUCCAUAGACCUCAGUGCUGUAUUUGCAGUUCUGCGUUGAUGUGGGCUCCCUGCCACUGGACACCCAGCUGCAAUAUCACUGUCAGAUAUCUUUGUAAAUAAUGGUGAUGGAGCCACUUUGAGGGCAAAAUAUUUUAUAGGGAUAAAGUUAUUCUGCUUCUCCCUCCUUAAACCUAUCUUGAUUUGGGACCUCGACCUUAUAGAAUACUAUAGUGCUAGGAAUACAAAACUAUAUUCUUAACACAAUAGUUUGAUUCAUUGCUUUCCUAUGGGGAUUUUGAAGAAGCUGAGUGUCAUUUUAAAUUUCGUUAAAAUCUGGGAGACAGGCACGAGAGGUUGUGUUUAUCCUGCAAUGUAAACUGCAUUAUUUUACGUUGCAGGGUUCAGAGAACAGGGACACUCCACUCAGACCAAUGAGAUGAAGUUGUCUAGGUGCUUAGAGAGUCCUUUUAAAAACAACUGUAUGAUUACCUUUGACUGUAGAAGACAAAACCAUGGCAGAUGGAAGUGGGGAGAGGAAUUCUUGUGCUACCAGUUUUUUGUUUUUUUAGUGUCCCUAAUCACACAAGCUAUAUGUCACUAUGUACUUCUCGCUAUAUGAUAUGUGGACUGGAAGGGUUUUUUUCACAUGGAGUUUGAUGCGAGAUAUUAUUACUUGGCUAACUGUUUGUUGGCUGUGCAAGUUGUGUUGGUGCGCUAGGUGCUCCUAUAAAUAACUAUGAUAAUGACCAUUUAGUUGAGUGUUGUACUGUAAGAUGGAGCAUAGUAUAAUGCUUGAUUAUAAAUAUAACAGAUACAUGUUAUUGUGUUUAAAUUAGUAUUUUGUGUGAUAUUGCAUCUUUUUAAAUUUUUAUUUUUUUAUUGUUGAAUUACUAGCCAUUAUAUUUGUAUACAACAAAGCUAUAAUAAUCCCCCGUAGAAAGCUGUUUGCUAAAAAAAAAAAUGCUUAAUACAAAACAACAAAAAAACACUGUAUACAUGAUUUUGGUAUGUGUCAAGUGAAGUAUGUGAGUACUCUUAGUAGUCUUGGGCCUAUGCACAUUACAAACUUUUUAGCUAUAUUAAUUAUAGUUACAUUAUACAUAGUGUGUGUGAUUCAUUGUACAUGGUUUAUUUUUAAUCUAGUGACAGAAUCUUCUGCUAUGUCACAGCAGCUGGCUACAAAAUCUAGCUCAUCACUGACAUGGGGUAAGUAGCUUUGUUUCUAUAACUUAUCUACAUGUGAUGUAGGGCAUUCCUUUUAAAUCGACUUUCUCAUAUGGCAUUCUCUUUUAAAUGGACCGUGUGAUGAGUAAUUCCCUUUUAUAGUGACUCAAUCUUGCAUUACAUGAGAAAGUCCGUUUUUAACCAUCUGCUGACAUGGACAGCUAAGAAAUGUGUAGGUUUGCAUGUAGUUUAAAAUGAAUGUUUUUAUCCACUUCUCAAGAUACGUUUUUAGAAGGUUUUUGCUGGCAUUAAUGUGGUUGCUACUUUGACACAUAUCAACUACCUAGAAAUUGUGUCAUACCACAUGCAGACCUUUAUGUCAGUGGUGUUCCCCGAUGAUAGUGGUAUCCUUCAGCACUAUAUACACUCUGUCACACUGCAAAAAAUGUUCAGGAAUGGUUUGAGGAACAUGUCAAAGAUUUAAAGGUGUAUCCUUGGCCUCCAAAUUCUCCACAUCUCAAUCCCAUUGAACAUCUGUGGGAUGUGCUGGACAACAAAUCCGAUCCAUGUGGGUCCCCACCUUGCAACUUGCAGGACUUAAAGGAUAUGCUGCUUAUGUCUUGGUGCCAACUGCCACAGGACACAUUUAGAGAUCUUGUGGAGUCCAUGCCUCGACGCAUAAGAGCUGUUUUGACACUGCUUUACUGAAAAAUUACUUAACCAACUUGUUCAUGCAAUCUGCGCAAUGGAAAAGGAACAAUUAAUAUUCAUCUGGACUUGUUUUUUCUGAAAUUCAGAUCACAUGAGGAUAAAUCUCUCGUGGCCAAAGGAUGAUGUUACUCAUUUUAUCAAAUGCGAUUUUAAAAUUCUUUUUCUUUUUUAAAGUAAUUUAUUUAUUUUGCUAUAUUUUCAUGCAGAUUGACUAGUAUUUAUUUUCUUAUGUUUAUUUUUAAUAAGUCUUUUAGUCACAGAGGUCAUACUGGGAAGGACAAAUUAGUUAAAUAAGUAAGAAUUACAUCAUGUUAGCGAUUAUUUUUCUGGAUGAUUUAAUUUUCAUAAGUUGGGAUGCAGUUUGGGAUCCAAAUAAAUGCAGUUUAAAUACUGCUAACUAUACAUAGCCAUUCAUUUCAAUAAAUAAGGCAGCAGCAAAAGAGUCACGAGGACUCCUUGUAAAAUCCGAGAUUGUAUGGUGGACCUGGUGGUUUUUGAAUGCUGUUGGUGUUUGGCAUUUGAGUAUCAGUGGACUGUUAAGGAACAAACAUUUUAAAUAGCUAUAGGAAUACAUUUGGCUUGCAUAGUGCUCAACACAUGAAUGUCCAGAGAGUUUAAAAGUGUUUAUUCUAUUACUUAAAAUGCAAUGGUUUGCCAGAAUAAACUCAAUGCCAUUCAUACAGUGAUUUUUUUGCUUUGUCUGAUUUGCAUUCAUUUAAAGAAUGCUGAAUAUAUUUCUCGUCACCAUGCAGUCCUGAGAUAAGAACAACCAUUACAUACGUCUCGAUUGAAAACCUGCCAAUUAUAUUUUCUGCUAUUUGCAUGAGCCAAAGCACAGCUUAGUACUGCAGCCACACUCAUGAUGUCCUUCAAUCUCAGGCUCUUCUUUGUUCAGAGUAACCUACUUUGAAAUCUUCCCCUAGCUGUUGAACUUGGGGAAAUGUUCCGUCUUCUUGGUUCUCUAGAGUCUUUCUAGAAUACAGCCCUUAAACUGUGUCCUUAUCAAAGUCAAUAGAAACAUGCCUCAGACGAAAGCUGGAAUUUUCAUAUCUAACUCAAGUUGGCUUUAGAUGUACUCGACUUAGUGGGUAGCCAGCAUGGGAGAAUAUGUAAGGAAAUCUUGGUUAACAGAAUAUAUAUUUUCUUUAAAAUAUUUCUCUUUAAUGUUUGCUUACAGAGAUCGAUGUUGAAAAACCACCAAACAUCCGACACCAGAAAGUAAUAAAUACUCUGAAAAUGAACCAACCUCACUCCAGAGAGCUGAGAACCAUUCUGGAGCAGACACUUGCUGAAAAGUUAGAAUCUCUGGGUGUUAAACCGGUAAAUCUACAUGCUUUUUAGUUUUUGGGCAUAAAUUAUAUUUUAUAGUUUUAAGUGUUAAAGGGGCAGUUUAAACAACAUAAUUACUACAUACAGUUGUAAUGGUUAUGUUGUUGGAAACCUAUGGGCACUCUUUCCUUGUUCUGGGUCAAACAGUUUUUAAGUGGUUUAACCAAAAUCGAGGUGCCCAGACCUGAUACACUCGAAUUAUUAUUGCCAUCCAAAUAUGUCUGAAAUUGAUACCGCUAGUUUGAUAGAUCCAUUUUUGCUUUAUUGAUAGGUGAUCAUGGGUACCUCAGAGUCCCCAGAUUUGUUGAAAUUGCUCAAACAGUUCCACCAAAAACUGGGGAAUGGGGCGCACAGCCUACAAGCACCAUAACAUCUAUAACAGCAUGUAUUAUAUAUAUAGCGUUUAGACUUCUUCUUAAACUUUCCAGGUAUGAAAGAUCUUGAUUUGCUUGUGCACAAAAGGUAAGAAAUUUUAUAAAUAAUGAAAGAAUUUCAUGAUCUUGAUCUGUGCUCUGUAAUUAUACAGGGAGCACGUGGAAUUCCACAUGAACAGCUAAAUAAAAUUGUAAGUCAAGUGGAAUCUGUUAGAGAAGGGAAUGCAAAGCGAGUACCAGAAAUGGAUCAUAUUCGGGUAAACCUUGCACGUUGUGUAAAUUCGUUGGUUGAAGAACGCACAACCUCUUUUAAAUCUACUUCACAAGUCUUAAGUGAUUGUAAGUAUAUAUUCUUUUUCCUAUUAUUGUUGAUAAUGACAGAUUUAUUAUUUUAUGAUUGUUACCUGCCCACUUAAGCUAAUGGAUAACCUUAAAGGACAACUCAGCUCAAAACUAUGUUUAGUAUAAUAAGCCUUUCGUCAAGUUUUGAACUGAAAUAGAUGGAUUUUAAAAUGAAGUAUAUGAAAAAAGAAGAAGAAGAUAAUACCCUCAUUCCUACCUUUAAAUGGAAACUAUAGUGCUAGGAAAACAAAGUUGUUUCCUAUCACUAUUCUGCCCACCUCCUUCCCGAACUUUCUUAAAAGGGGUCAAAAACCCCUUCUGUCACUUACCUAAUUCCAGUACCGAUGUCCAUCCACUCCCCAUAAUGGGGGCCAAAACCGCAUAGAUGUUUAUCGAUUAAUAUUUUCCUAUGGGGUUUUGGGUAACACUGGAUGUCCUCAUACAUAGUGUGAGGAUGUCCAGCAUCAGUUAAAGGACCACUCUAGGCACCCAGACCACUUCAGCUUAAUGAAGUGGUCUGGGUGCCAGGUCCUUCUAGGGUUAACCCAUUUUUUUAUAAACAUAGCAGUUUCAUAGAAACUGCUAUGUUUAUGAAUGGGUUAAGCCUUUCCCCUAAUCCUCUAGUGGCUGUCUCACUGACAGCCACUAGAGGCGCUUGCGUGCUUCUCACUGUGAUUUUCACAGUGAGAGCACGCAAGCGUCCAUAGGAAAGCAUUGUAAAUGCUUUCCUAUGCGACCGGCUGAAUGCGCACGCAGCUCUUGCCGCGCGUGCGCAUUCAGCCCAGGAGGAGGAACGGAGGAGGAGAGAGGAGGAGAGCUCUCCGCCCAGCGCUGGAAAAAGGUAAGUUUUUACCCCUUUCCCCCUUCCAGAGCCGGGCGGGAGGGGGACCCUGAGGGUGGGGGCACCCUCAGGGCACUAUAGUGCCAGGAAAACGAGUAUGUUUUCCUGGCACUAUAGUGGUCCUUUAAGCGACCAAAGGUCACCUAACCACCCAGAAGUCCCUCUAAUGGCUGUCUGGAGGAGUUAACCCUGCAAUGUUUUUAUUGUAAUAAUUGCAAUAAUUACAAUUGCAGGUUUAAGGGGACUGGGGCACUGCACCCAGACCACUUCAAUGAGCUGAAUUGGUAUGGGUGCCUAUAGUGUUCCUUUAAUAUAUGACACGAUCCUAGAGCUGUAUACAUGCACCCUGGGUCAGACAGUGUUUAAAAACAGACAGUUAAUCUCUGUGGUCUUCCUUGCUUCACUCCCUACACAGAAGUUAGGGAAGACCACUGAAACUAUCUUAUUCUUAUUCUCUUCAUUCAUGCACGGUGUCUCUGAAGUUUCAUUUUUUGAAUAAUAAAGGAAUAAUUUUUAUCUUAUACAUUAAAGGACCACUAUAGUGCCAGGAAAACAUACUCGUUUUCCUGGCACUAUAGUGCCCUGAGGGUGCCUCCAUUCCUCCCCGUCGGCUGAAUGCGCAUGCGCGGCAAGAGCUGCGCGCGCAUUCAGCCGGUCACAUAGGAAAGCAUUCAUAAUGCUUUCCUAUGGACGCUGGCGUGCUCUCACUGUGAAAAUCACAGUGAGAAGCACGCAAGCGCCUCUAGUGGCUGGCAAUGAGACAGCCGCUAGAGGCUUUGGGGGAAGGCUGAACCCAUUGAUAAACAUAGCAGUUUCUCUGAAACUGCUAUGUUUAUAAAAGAAUGGGUUAAGCCUAGCUGGACCUGGCACCCAGACCACUUCAUUAAGCUGAAGUGGUCUGGGUGCCUAGAGUGGUCCUUUAAACUACCAGUUUGCCAGUGAUUUCUGAACUUUGGCAAUUGAAAUCUCAUGCGCGAGAGUACAGCACUGAGAUCUAUGGAGAGACUCUGUGAUUCUCCAUAGAUCGAGCCAAUUCCUUGCAGCCGUCACUGAUGAUAGCUGGGAGAUUGACACUUCUGAUUGACAGCAGUAGCUCUGUUGAGUAUCAAGAAGUGCCAGGUGUAGGAAAAAUACUGAGUCAAAGUAAUCCCUACUUUGUCUCAGUUUAUCUCUUGACUGGGUUGGAAUUUCAGUAAAAUUACAACAUAGUCAAUAUGAGUAUUUCAUAAAGAUUCUUUCUUUAUAAAAUAGUAAUUUUGCAGGCUUGGGGUGUGGGGUGACAGUGCGGCAUUAAAUAUAUAUUACUUCUCAUUACUUUUCUCCUUCUUCCUCUUUCUCUAACUCCUUCUCUCUCUUCUUUCCCUAAACCCCUUUUUCGGGUUCUUUCUAAAAAGUAAAAAUCCUCAGGACCUGAGACAGAGUAUUAUACCCAACUAAUACCUGGCAUUUUAGUCUUUAUAUAUAAUCAGUUUAUCACAAAGUGGAGAGAGGCAUUUAUUACUACUACUGCAUUUACUUGAAUGUUCGAUAACUACUUGGUCUACUCGCAUGUAUAUUGUCUGUAUAUUCCUCUCUGCUAUACAUAACACAACUUUCUCUGUAAACUGAUGUGUGCGCCAUAUUGUAAUCUGAAUGUCUCUGAGAAAAAUAAAGAAUGAAAAAUAAAAAAAUAUCUCUUUAAAAAAUAAUUCAAAGAGAUAGAUGUAAAAGUUGAUGAAAACUUGAAUAUUUUAUCGUCAUUAGGAUGUUACAUUCUAUGUUGCAGGAGUGAUGCAUGUAUGGAGGCUCUCUGCUGUUAGUUGUUUUUAUAUUUUUCCCCUCAGAUUUUACUGAUCCCUUCAUUAUGUGAUGACAUCAAACAAGGCUCCCUUGUUUCUAUCCGUAUAGAUUUUUUUUCCUUGUUUGGACUUCUGUGUUUUCUCAAUGGUUCUAUAUAUAUAUAUAUAUAUAUAUAUAUGUAUACUUGUUUAUAUAUUCUUGGACGCUCACUCAUAUUUCUUUAUUUUAUUAUAUGGAACUCUUACCCUACACUGUUUACUAGUAAGUUAGUUACUAGUAGUUUGCAGUACUGGAAACCAUUUCCAGUUUUCUGUUUUUGGUUUGUGUUAAUGUUUUAUGCAAUAUAAUUAACUGUAUUUUAAUUUUUGGAAACAUGAGACUGUACAUUUUGAGAACAGUCUCUCCCAUGAUAUAUUUUAAUGAAUGCUGCAGCUUAUAUUAUUGUUUUAAAGUACAUUUUAGGCAAACACCCAAUACAUUAUCAAUAUACUAGUCACAAUCACUGAGCCUGAGAUUUGGCUUGGUCUUCAGGUAUAUGUGUCAGUUUCUCAUUAAAAAAAAUGGAUCUCUACAUUUUGGUUGUAGUUGCUAACCUUUGCAGAACAAUUUUUAAACAUAUGUAAUACAACUGAUUUAUUAUUUAUUGGAAUGUGCUUUGAUGAUUAAUUUUUAUAUAAAUUGAAAUGUUUUUUUUCACCACAGUUAAAACCUCAGCUUCAGGAAGUACUUCCUCUGUUUUGUUGCCAAAGCAAUCAAAGUCCAAAGUCUCAACUACUAAACCUUCUCAAGAAGAUUUCCAAACAGAACCAAAAAAACUGACACCAGAACCACAGUAUACCCUGCCCUUGAAAAGCUCUACCCCUAAGUAAGAUCAAUAUCUUGUCAUUAACAUAGAUAUGUACUUUCAGAAGACGACACUUGUUUUACAUUGUACUUUUAAUUACUUUUAUAGAGUUAUGCUGGUUUCUGCAAAAGACUUCCAUGUUCCAAAGCAGUCAAGUAUUGGGUAAUAUUUAAUACUAUCUUAUAUAACAUUUCUUUUUAUUUGUGCUUAACGUGUGCCAGGAAUUCCCUCUGCCAAAAAUGUAUUUGUGCUUAACUGGUGGCAGGAGUUUACUGGCCUUCCCAUUAUAAGGAGUCAAAUCCUUUUGAACAGUUUGGCACUUAUGUGUUCCCCGGGCACUCAUGCUGCUUUUGGUUGUCACAUGUGCCUAAAGUUUUCAUUGCUCUGUUCAUAUGUCCGUUUUGUGAAACCUUUUUGAUUAUUCAGUGAUGGAGAGUGUCAGUGGACAGGAUGAAAUCCAGUGGACAUUAAUGUCCAUUUCAAUGAUGUUCCUGAAAGACAAAAUUUGGAUGUUGAUAAUCAGUGUGUGGAUUUUUGCAUCCAGAUAAAAUAAUAAUCAUUAAUAGAAAGUAGUCAAAUUUUGAAAGAAUCAUGGCACACAACUGGUCAUUUAUUGAGAUUCCAAACUUUAGGAUUGUGUAUUUGCAUGUUUUUAUAUAUCUGGCUAAAGUGGGUACAUUGAAUGUACAGGUCAGUUUUCUGGUUAAAUUAUGAAGUGUUCCUCAGAAAAUGGAAUAUCCCCACAUUCUUGUUCAUCUACAGUCCAUUACAGAAUCUAUAUUAUUUAUAAUAAUUUGUGAAAUACCUGUGAUAAUAUUUUUACCUUUCUAUGAGGACUAGCCUGCAUUCGCGUAGAUGGAGUAUGUGUAACUAAAUUUGAAAUACAACAAUACUAUGUUUUAUUUGUCAUGCUGCUUGGUAUUACCUAUUUUAAUACACAUUUCAGAACACCUCCAUUUAGCUCCGAUGAUGAGUCUGAUGACAGCAAAUCUGCCAAGCAACCACUCAAAUGUACAAAUACCUUUAAACCAAACAGUUUAUUUGACUGGAAAGGUAACCAAGGCUUUGCAGUAAAUGAUAGUGACUCAGAAGGAAGUUUACUUGAAGCUGUGGAACCUCAGAGUGUCCAUAGGAAUAGCAUUCAGAAGCAACCACCAGUGAAGCCAACAAGAGGUAAGGACAGUGAUAUUUGUGUUGAGGUGUAGUAACCCUAGCACUUUGUUUUCUAGGUAUAUACUAAGGAAUUGGCUGUACAGUUUUAACAUAAAUUUUUAGGUCUCACACUAUCAAACACUAAGGCUGAAAUGUUGUUUCUUCUAGAGGUACUUAACAUGUAAAGUCAUGUGCUGGACCAUUGCUUCUUCAGUUUAUGGCGACUGUUUCCAGGCAUCAAAGGAGGAAACUGUACUUUCGUGUCUGCCUCUACCAAGUGUUAGUAUAGUGUGGUAAAAGUACACUUAUGGAUGCUAAUAAACAGAUAGCAGCUGCAGAAAGGCUGCUUUCAACUUCUUCACGAGUUCCACUUAUCAGAUAUGAUGACUAGGAUUGUUGCCAAUCCCUUGCACUUCUGUUGGACAGAGGUUUCUGAAUGAUAUGCUCCUAAUUUCCCUAUAGGAAAGCAUUGGAUUGGCUGGGAAUACAAGGAUUAAUUAUCUGAGCCAAUGGAGGCGGUGCAACUGUGGCAAGACCGAGUGAUAAGUAAUUUAUUUAUUGGAUAAUGGGUGGCCCAAUAAUCCAAACCGUUAGUACAGGGCUCAAAAUUUCUGUUUGUCACUAGCCAUUUGUGAAAAGAGAUUCACCCCUUGUGGUGCAUGCUCUGGCUUGCAGUGGCAAGUACCUUGUAAGGAAUGGCUAGUAGCAUAGGAUUUCAAAUUGUAAGCCCUGGUUAGUUAAACACUCUAGCUUUGUUUGUAUUCAUAUUUGCUAGAGUGUUUCUCUCAAGGAUCUGCUAAUGACAUCAUUUUUAUUGUCUAUAGUUUCUCUUCAAUUUGUUUUCUUGUAAAAACAUUUACAAAUUCUGCUAUGUAUUUUUUUUAUAUAUAUAAUUCUUUAUUUGUGGCCAGCUCACAAACUCAAGAGGGCUUACAUGAAUAAAACAGAAGAGAGGUUGUCAGUACAGUACGUAACAGCAAAGCUAAACAGGUAUACAUUUUCUUAGAGUGGAAUAGUUGGGAGCUGGGGUGUUUAUUUUUUAGAUAGCUAAGGGCUUAUCCAAGUGCGUCUCCUCGAGACCUGGCCAAAGCAGGCACACAAAGAGCCUGUUCGGAGGGUCGGCAGGUCAUAUCUUGCCAGUCAGUAGGUCUGUUGCGUGGGCCUAAAGUGUCCCUGGCCAGAGCAUGUAAUUAAAACAAACUAACUAAAAGGAAACAUAUCUGAGUAUAUACAAUCGUUAUAAUUGUGAUGACUGCGCCUUUUGGUUCUAUCUACCUGCUGCCUGUUUGUGAAGCGACAUGCCCUAUUGUGGAUGCACUGGGCAGCAGGCGUAGUGCCAGACUAGUCUACAACUCGUGUUGUCUUUGGUUCCUAUGCCAGGUCCCUUUUGGGUUGAGGGGGGCGGCGGGAGUGCCCCUUUCCUACAAAUGAUCUGGAUAUAGAGUAGUUUACAUAUCAUCAGGUGGGUUUUGGCUGGUCAACUAAAAAGAAAGGAUUCCAAAAGUAAAAUUUAAAGAACUUCGAACCGCUACCGCUAGUACUUUAGAGUCCUUUUUCCCAGAAGUGAAGUAAUUAGGUUGAGAGCCCCCUAAUUCAGGUGGUAACUGCCGCAUACAUGUCAGGCAUCGCUCCCUGUGGGAAAAAUGGAGUGAUCUUUACCGGGUUCCAGGGGUGCGUUGCUGUGGUGGUUCCUGCAGAACUUGUUGGCCAAAGUGAAUCUGCUGGUAGGUCGAGUGGCUGUAACAGAGUGAUAGCUCCUUGUUGGUCCGAGAUAGUAUAGGUGAGCUCCAGCGACAUUUUAUGUUGUGCUUUUGUAGUAGUACUGUCUUCAUUGCAGUGUGUCACCUGAUAGGUCGGCAUAAAAGGACAGUGACAUGCUUUCAACGUUGUAUGAGGUGAGAACCGCUGUCUUGUCUGCCAGAUUGUGAUACCUCAUCACAAGGUCUCUGGGUGCUGACACUGGCACACCCAGUUUGGGAAUCCAGAAUACAGCAUCUACGCUGACGUUCCUGGCUUGUAUGGGUGCAAGUAGAGCUCCAAUCAGCCUCUGCAUCGGGUGUGGGAGUUCUUCUGUGGGGAUAUUCUCCAUAACUCCACAACUUUUCAAAUUAUUACGGCGUCUUAGCUCCUUGAGUGUUGCAAAGGGUACUUCACUCUUGGCCUUCUGCAGUUUCAGUGUCUGCACCUCAUGUUGUAGUUCAGCGAUGAGUGAAUUGUGUAGAGGUAGCUUCCACCACCCCAAUGCGGCCAACCAGGCCUGUGAGGUCUGAACGGAGUUUAGCCAUUUCUGCCUGGAGGGCCUUCUGUAAGUCUCCUAGCAUGAUUUUCAGUGUCUCUGCAGUCACCGGUCCAGAUCCGCUGGUUCUAUGAGUCUUCUGUGGUGGCUUUCAUGGAGGUAGACCGUAGAUUGCCUAAUUGAGGUCCACAUCCUACGAGGAGUCUGUGUAAUCCUCGAUGUCGACGGCCAUCUCAGGGCCGCACAUGCCCUGUGCUUGGCGAAAUAGAUCUCCAAUGCUGACUCCCUGACUGAGUUUGUCGUUUUUUUUGCUUUUUAGUCUUUCUUCCAAUGCUAAGCAGGUGUUGUGGGAUCCCGUUUUUCGAUCCUUGGGGCGUUAGGAAUCGCUGGUAUAUUCAGUAUAGCAUCUAACAUGCGUCCAUUCAGGUCUGCAGCCAACCCCACCCCCGUCUUUUGUAUUUUUUACCCAACUUUAGAUUUUCCAAAUCCGUCUUGUUCAGGAUUUCAUUAACACACAAUUUGUUAUCUUCCUUUACAUAUCAUUGUAGGUGAUCAGCCUAAAUCCUAUCAUUAUAAACCAAAAUCUGGAUUAAUACUGUCACUGACUGUUCUCUCUAAUUGUAAUGUAUCUAUUUUUAAUAGCAACCAUGGUAAAGGAUCGUACUGAACAAUUCGAAAAGCAACUUUCAACGUACUCAACUAAACACAAACCAGUUAAUGGUAUUGAUGUAAUCCAACCAUUUGUGAAAAAGGAUGCUGUUAUGGAACUAAAGGUGAGACCAUCGUAAUCUCAGUGCAUGCAACUAGGACACUUUAGCAGUCUGUUUUAGAAACAGAUAUAGAAUAUGUUCCCUUUUAAUUACUUAAUUACUUCUUAUUAAAUCAUUAAUUACUAUUCUUUUUUGGAUUUGAUUGGAUGUGAUGUCCAUAUAUGUAUGCAAACAGGAUUUAUUAGAAAUUAAUAAUACUUAUUAAUUACUAUUCUUUUUUUGGGUUUGAUUGGAUAUGAUGUGUAUAUAUUAUAUAUAUAUAUAUAUAUAUAUUUUUUUUUUUUUGUAUAUAUUAACAUUGUAUGAAACUAUAAUAUGCUUCUUGUACCCAGUUUAUAUUUACAAUUCUUCAAAACACUAUUUUAGUGUGUGUAUAUAUAUAUAUAUAUAUGUGUGUGUGUGUGUGUGUGUGUGUGUGUAGGUAUAUUGUUUUGUAGGUAGGUAUGUAAUUUGUUAUGUGAAAAUGUGUUACUGCACACACUGUCUGCGAUAAUUCUCAGUGCUGUAUUGAAUGCAUCAGCAUAGUGGCCAAAGUGUUGACAUCUGCGGCUGUCAGCAGUGAAUCCACUGGAUUCCUGCUUCCUCAUCUCUGGACCACAAGACUGUCAUUGUGACAAAUAUGUAGUCCAUAGGCAGCUCAGGUGACACUGGGUGACAGCUCAUUGCUUGUACUCAAAUGCAUGUGCCGUGCUAGCUAUUUCAUGGAAGUUGGUUGUGUGUGCUGUUUCCCUGUCCGUUCCUAGAGGAAGUUUUCCAAUAGUAAGUAUCUUUAAAGCAUGGCUAGUAGUUUAAUACAUUUUAAGCUAUGCAUAGAAUGUGCAACUGUUUGUUAUUCUACAGUCUAGUUCUGCAUUUUAAUGAAGUUGACUGUUAUUCAGUGGUUUACUACUGAUUCAUCCAGUUUUUGACACUUAUAUGAAAUGUGUUACUAAUUAACUUUAAUUAACAGCAGUCAACUAGUCUUUCCAAGAGCUUUGACAGCACCAAAUUAAAUUAUAAUUUCCCUUUUUCAACUGAAAUUACAGAUUAAGUUUUAGUCACCCAUGAUUUUAUUUGAUGGAAAAAAAUACAAAGACAUUGUAUUGUAUUUCAGGCACUUAUUACUCGCAAGUCAUUAGUUUAAGCCUUAGUUCCAGUAUUGAGGUGUAGUCCAGGGGUGACCUGAUUGUAAUAAUGAUCAUUUGAAAUGACAGAGCUCCCUAAUUUGGUGUAAACGAUAAACAGGCCAAUUAAAAUAAGUGAAUAUGUAUAGGAAUGCAUUAAAUCACUGGCUCAAAUAACAUAUGUGUUUAUUAGAACCCACACUGUUAUAUACAGGAUGGUGGGUCAGCUGUGAUUACUGUUUCAAGAAGAUAUUGUUCUUAAUGUACCAACCAUUAGUCAGGAGGAAAUGCAAAGCAGACCAGUUGUCAAAUAAAAGUGAUAAAAGAAGACAAUUCUCAGUUUGCCAGUGUAAAAUGAAUAAUGUUUCUUUGUCUUCUUACCUAAGGCUGGUGACCUUGAUGACAGUGAUUUUGAUAGCACCUCCUUGGAAGAAGAAGCAUUUGAAGUGCCGAGGUCUGUAAAAAAACGCCAAGAUACUGCAAUAAAAAAGAAGGGAUUUCCACCUGUCCCUGUUAAAACUGCAUUUGGACCUACAAAACUGCCUAAAGGAGGUAAAUAUUCUUUCUUUUAAAAGACCAAGAUAUCUGGCCACAUAAACAGAGGACGUGUGCAUUUAUAAAUUUUACAUGUCAUAAGGCUACUCUAAGAUGCUAUCUUUACACUAAUUAAGUACUGUUCAUAUAUUUGUAUCCUCUUUUUGUGGAUACUGGUGACCUACUGUGAUUCCUGCUUUAAUAUGUUGCUUCCUUCCUCCCCUACUCUGCUACUCAUUAAAGUUGGGAUUCCAGAAGGAGGAGUAAGGAAAGAGAAGGGUAAACAUAUUCCAGUUAUUUUCUACGUCAUUCACUGUGAUGGCCUUUAUAUGUAAAUGUUCAUACAAAGCUGAUUCUUUCUUGCUAUUGCUCACGUCUCAACUAACUUGCCAACCUCACUCACCAGUAAUUGUUCUUGCCUCUGUCUCCCCAAUGCCCCUUCUCACUCUGUAUUCCUGUACUGUGUGUCAGUGUUUGCUUUUUUUUUUUUACUCCACAUCUCUCAUCCAUUCCCCCGCCUCUCUCUCCCAAAAAAAGUCUAGUUUCUCUUCUGCAUGUUUUUUUUAAUCUUUCCGAGAUGCCUCAUUCAGCCUCUCCCACUGUGACUUUCUUAGCAGUCUUUCCUCUUAGCAGUUGAUAAACAAUGUCCAGAAAUUUAAAAUAUCUGUAUAUUUUUUUUAAUAAAACUUGCUAGUGCUGUUAGAAAAUAUUGCAUGCUCAUUGUCUCAUUCAUUCUUCUCUUUUCCAGAUGCCCGUGACGGUGAUACGUCCAGUACACUUCUUAGCACCUUAGUUACAGUGAGCGACUUCAGUGACUGUUCUGAUGUAUAAGCACAUGGAAGGUUCCUCUGAAAUGAAUCUCCUGUCACAAUUAAUUAUGCUGCCAUACGGUGCCUUGGAGAUUUAGUCUAUUAAAUUGACUUUCUUCAUUAUUUCAAUGUGUUUUUAAACAUAUUUAUUUCGGAUAGUAGCACCAGUCUUUACACACAAUAAACUAAAAUGCAGAUUUUGCUUCCAGUGAUUAAGGCAGUCUUAAAUUCUGUAUAUAUUUAGUAACGUAAAUGUAUUUAUUUAAAAAAAAAUCUUGUAGGAUACAGCCUAAAUUUUGUAUUAUGGUAAUAGUGUAUUAUACCUUAUAAAGGUAGUAUUAUGUCUUAUUCAAUAUAUGAGGUCUGAAUAAAUAUCAGUGUUAGAGAUUUGAUUUAGCAGACUAUGCAAAUUGAGCAUAUCUGGUGUUAAAUACAAUGUCCAGUAAAUAAAUUCAGUGCCAGCUGAUAAAUUAUGUUUAUUUACUCUGUUUUGGGGAUUUAGAGAAAUAGAUAUUACAUUUUUUGUAAUCUAGGAGAUAGUUUUUUUUUUUUUUUUUAUAACUGUAUAAUAUAUCACUGGGAACAAAAACCUGCUGAUAUGAAUACCUAUACAAGUUCUAGUUACAAUCUUCUGUGGUUCUCAUCUUAAACAUAUUUUUAGUUGAUAAAAUAUGCACACAGAUUUGUCUAGUGAUAGUAGACAUCAGGAGCUUUAAUCACUAGGCAUAGACCAUAUAGGAAGUUGAGAAUCAGGUUGCAAACUAUGGUCCAAAAACGAAUUGAUGGGAUGGUGAUACUAUUUAGCUAUAGCCUACAUUGUGUAACUCAAUCAACUCAUCACAAAUUACUGAUAAGAGGAAAACAGUUUAACAUCAAAGUUCUGUCCUUGGGCAUUCUGGACACCCGUUGCGAGUAAUAGUGCGUACUAUUAUUCUCAGUGGGUGAGCAGUGAAAGCCUGAGAGCAUCAGGUGAGUGGCCAAGUAGAAGGUAUAGCGGGUGCCAUGGACAGAACUUUAGUGUUUACCUGUAAAGUUUAACAUGUAAGGAAAGACGAUUCCCGGUGACUCUAGGCCUUAUAACAGCUUCAUUGAGAUUAAGUUGUUAUGGUGCCAAAUUGGGGCAGAGCUUUCUUUUAUUUUCUCAGAAUGGAGUAAAACUGCCCCUCAACCAGUGCCCCCCACCACAACCUUGACAUUCUAGUGGACACAGUAACAUACACUAUCAAAGAAGAAAAAUAUAUUUUUGAUUAGUAUGGCUAGCCAAAACGGCAGUAGCCUCUCACAAACGGUACAAUAUUUUUAACUUCUUAUUUUGUAAAUCAGUACUUUUUUGCACUAAUAAUUAAAUUACAACAUAAACAAACAAGUAUUAUUAAAUAUAUGGAUAAAAUAAAUUAGAUUAUUUCUUACUUUUAGAUAAUGUGGAAAUAUUGUAAGC